AUGUUAUUUCUUCUCUUCUUAUUAUCAGUGAAUUCACAGAAAACUGUGAACGUUUGCACCAGUCGUCGUCCUGUCUUUCUGUUCAAUGGGAUUUUGGGAAGUUCUCUUAGCGCGAACAUAAGCAACUAUGGCUCAAAUGAAGUUGAUUCAGCCUGUUGGGAACACCAAGCGACUAAUCAACGUGUCUGGGCCUCUUACGAUUUACUGAACCCAUCGACUCGCAAAUGCAUUCCGCAGUACUUACAAAUGCAUUACGACGUUGAUACGCAUCAAAUGAGGAAUGCCGAGAACGUCGAAUUGUAUUACCCCAACGCCAACUCUGUUAAUGGUGUUUCGACCAUUUCGCCGGAUCCAAUCACUAAAAACCUUUUAAGACUUUACGCUGAUAUUGUCGACAAUUUACAGGCAAUUGGGUAUGAAGACAUGUACGACUUACAAGUCGCUGCUACCGAUUGGAGGGUCAUGAAACAGAGUACCGUGUGGACACAAAACAUUAAGAAGAACAUUGAAACUGCAUUUAACAUUGCAAACAAAAAGGUCAUUUUAGUUGGACACUCGAUGGGGGGAUUAACUAUUUCGGACUUUUUAGAGGACAUGGGACAGAAGUGGGUCGACAAAUACAUUCAACGAGUCGUUUCAAUAUCAACGCCAUGGCUCGGCGCAGUCAAAACUAUUAAAGCACUUUUGGAGGGCGACAAUGCCGACUUGCCAAAAGAAGUUAUACCACUUGAUCUGUUCCUUAACGCGUCCAGAACAUUUGAAUCGGUGUAUGCGAUGGCGCCAAAUGAACUUUAUUAUAAGACUGAAAAUGGACUCCUCUCUGCAAAGGAACUUGUGAAGCUGUUGGAUUCAUUUAAAGACGAGGUGGAUGAGAAAGGUGACUUUGUCAACAACGCUCUGAAGCUUAGUAAGAGAAAUUAUAAAAAAAGAGGUGUCAAAUACCCAUUGACGUGUAUGCAUGGACAUAACGUGAACACUUUUGUUGGGUAUCAAAUGGUCAACGGACUACUGGAGAAGGUGUAUGAGAAUGAAGGAGAUGGUACCGUUGAGUCACAGAGUCUUUCUUAUUGCGACCAACUUGGAAUGGAAAAUUUUGUAGGACUCACCAUUUAUGGAGCGUCUCAUGUCGGCAUCUUGAAGUCAGAUUCAGUCAUCAAAAUAAUCCAAGAAUACGCAUGUGAUGAAGUCGACUAUGUCCCUGAGCCACUUACCUUUUGGGAAAAAGUGAUAGUCAUAGCGUAUGAAAUCUUUAACUUCUUUGUCGAGCUUUUUGAUUAA